UUAGUUCCGAUAUUUCUGCGAUAUUGGGUCGCCGACUAACACGCCGCUAGCAUCAUGAUCGGUAUGGGGCAGAAGGACUCGUACGUCGGUGAUGAGGCGCAAUCCAAGCGUGGUAUCCUGACGCUGCGCUACCCCAUCGAGCACGGUGUCGUCACCAACUGGGACGACAUGGAGAAGAUCUGGCAUCACACCUUCUACAACGAGCUCCGUGUUGCCCCCGAGGAGCACCCCGUCCUCCUGACCGAGGCUCCCAUCAACCCCAAGAGCAACCGCGAGAAGAUGACGCAGAUCGUCUUCGAGACCUUCAACGCCCCCGCCUUCUACGUCUCCAUCCAGGCCGUCCUGUCGCUGUACGCCUCCGGUCGUACCACCGGUAUCGUGCUCGACUCCGGUGACGGUGUCACCCACGUCGUGCCCAUCUACGAGGGUUUCUCGCUGCCGCACGCCAUUGCCCGUGUCGACAUGGCCGGCCGUGACCUGACGGACUACCUGAUGAAGAUCUUGGCUGAGCGCGGCUACACCUUCUCCACCACGGCCGAGCGUGAAAUCGUCCGUGACAUCAAGGAGAAGCUCUGCUACGUCGCCCUCGACUUCGAGCAGGAGAUCCAGACCGCGGCUCAGAGCUCCAGCCUGGAGAAGUCGUACGAGCUGCCCGACGGUCAGGUCAUCACCAUCGGCAACGAGCGCUUCCGUGCUCCCGAGGCCCUCUUCCAGCCCUCCGUCCUCGGCCUUGAGAGCGGCGGCAUCCACGUCACCACUUUCAACUCCAUCAUGAAGUGCGACGUUGACGUCAGGAAGGACCUGUACGGCAACAUCGUCAUGUCUGGUGGUACCACCAUGUACCCUGGUCUCUCGGACCGUAUGCAGAAGGAGAUCACUGCUCUUGCUCCCUCGUCCAUGAAGGUCAAGAUCAUUGCUCCUCCCGAGCGCAAGUACUCCGUCUGGAUCGGUGGUUCCAUUCUCGCCUCCCUCUCCACCUUCCAGCAGAUGUGGAUCUCGAAGCAGGAGUACGACGAGAGCGGCCCCUCGAUCGUGCACCGCAAGUGCUUCUAAGCGCAGAACUUGGGCAGCUUCCCGGAUUGUCGCCAGGCAAGGCCGGCGGCGCUACGGAAGACCUCGGCGCC